UACGAAUAAAACGGCAAAGGCAACGGUUACGAGCGGUGUGAAUUCUGAAAAGGAUAUAUGUGAUAUAUACCGUAUGUGAUUAACUGUGUAUAUUUUAUACAAGUUGAUGUAGCCGCUAAAUUACAACUCCAGUGAAUUGGAUGAUAAACAAUGUUCACGUCAAAGAAGGAGCUCAAACCAAAUCCCGUGCUUAAAGCGAAUUUCUUUUCCAAAUGGUUUUUUAUCUGGUCAAGCGAAAUACUGCGCAAGGGUUACGGUAAAAACGUUGAGCCGGCGGAUUUGUAUGAUCAUGUGCCCAGUCUGGACAGCCGAGAUGUGUCGCACACUCUCUUGGAGCACUGGGAGCGUGAAUUGAAACGCUCGAAGCCGAGUGUCCUGCAUAUGAUCUUUAAGGCUUAUGGCGUCAGUUUUGUACCCAUCUGUAUACUCUACUCUUUGGUUGAGAUUCUUUUGCACACAAUGCAACCACUGAUGCUUGGCAGACUCGUGUCCUUCUUCUCGGAGAGCAAUGAAGACAUCAGCAAGGAAUCGGCAUAUUUAUAUGCCAUGGGCGUGGUCUUAUGCUCCCUUGUCUCCGCCCUCUGUUACCAUCCCUUCAUGUUCUACCUGUUUAGGCUGGGAGCUCGCGUGCGUCUGGCCUGUGCUGGCCUGGUCUACAGGAAGUGCCUGCGGGUCUCGGUGGCUGCGGAUAAUAGUGGUAUUAGUGGUUAUGCCAUUGCCAUUAUGGCCACCGAUCUGCCGCAGUUCAAUGAGACAUUUUACUUCUUUCAUGAACUGUGGAAGGGUCCGUUGGAGGGUCUCAUAUUUGGCUAUAUCAUUUACGAAGUGAUCGGUUGGCCAGCACUGGUCGGCAUAGCCAGCAUUAUAGUCUUCAUACCGCUCCAGGUGUGGGCUGCCAAGGCGACGGCCCGGUUCAAGCAUCUGUCCGCCGAAUACGGCGAUGAUCGUGUCAAGCUGAUGAACGAGAUCAUUUCGGCGAUGCAGGUGAUCAAGAUGUAUGCCUGGGAGAAAUCCUUUGCCAAGCUGAUAGCCCGAGUGCGCAAGAAAGAGAUGGGCGCCAUACGUGGUUCCAUGUACGUCUAUGCGGCGCUGCAAUGUACCGACAUGAUCUCCAAGCUGUCGCUCUUCCUGUGCCUGGUCAGCUACGUCUACACUGGCGACAUUGUGACCGCCCAGAAAGUCUUCAUCGUGUCCAGCUAUUACGAUCAUCUCAAUCAAUCCCUGCUGCAUCUCUGGCCACUGGCCAUCAAUUCCUGGGCGGAGACCUAUGUGGUUGCACGUCGAGUCCUGGACUUUCUGCUGCAGCACGAGGAUCCUGCCGAUGGCGGCGUGGCCAACUUUUUAGACGUGGACGAUGAUCUGCAGCAUGGCAACUUUUAUGGACGCAUGCAUAAUCCACUGUCGAUGCGUAAGAGUGUCACACUGUGCAGCUUAACGGCCAGUUGGGAUCCAGCCAAGCAGGAGAAGCUUCAGCACCACAUCGAAGACAUUAACUUUCAGGUGGAGGAGCAACAGUUCAUUGGCAUUGUCGGUACGGUGGGUGCCGGUAAGAGCACACUGCUCUCGGCAUUACUGGGUGAACUGGACAUCAUCAGUGGCAGCGUCGAGCUCAACGGCGUCAUCAGCUAUGCUCCACAGGAGCCCUGGCUGAAUCGAUGCAGUCUGCGAGAGAAUAUCACCUUCAUGGAGCCGUACGAGGAGCAACGCUACAGGGAUGUGUUGCGUGUGUGUCUGCUGGAGAAGGAUAUCGCCCAGCUGCCACUCGGAGACGCCACCAUUGUGGGCGAGUCGGGUGCCAGCCUCAGCGGCGGUCAAAAGGCCCGUGUCAGCCUGGCACGUGCGGUCUACCGCAAGGCGGACAUCUAUCUGCUGGAUGAUCCGCUCUCCGCUGUGGACACACAUGUGGGCAAUCUGCUGCUGGAGCGUUGCCUUAAGGAGUUCCUUUGCGACAAGAUACGCAUCCUGGUCACGCAUCGGGUGGCGCUCUUACACCACGCCGAUCAUAUUGUGCUCAUGGAGAACGGCCGUGCCUCCAUCCAGGGCAGAUACGAAUCCCUCAAGCAGCUCACACGCUUCCGCAUGUCCGUGGUAAAUGACAGUGAGGUGUCCAAGCUGCGUGCCGUGCACACCGAUAGCAUUGUCGAGGAGACACCACAGAAAGAACCGCUCACCCAACAGCAGCUACAACUGCAGCAGGAAGCCAGUGAGCAGCUCUACAAGGAGCAACAAUUGCUAGGAUCUGUCAAGUUGAGCACCUACAAGGAAUAUUUCGCGGUACUCGGUCUGCCGGCGGUGGUGCUAAUAAUUCUAGUGGUUUUCAUCGUGGCACGCGGCUCGGAGGCCACAAUGGACAUUUUCCUAUCCAAAUGGGCCAAUUGGGAGGAGACGCAACCAGAUGAAAAUGAGCCGGCAAUCGAGCGACGCAGGAUUCGAACUCGAUUAGUCGCCCUGUAUGCUGUGCUGAUUAUCAGCACCCUUUUGCUCUAUGUACUGCGCACCUUUGGCUUCUUUAUGAUGUGCUUACGCAUCUCGUUGCGCAUUCACAACUUCUUAUUCCAGGGUAUCAUUCGGGCCGGCAUGCAGUUUUUCACGCUAGCUACGUCGGGACGCAUACUCAAUCGCUUCUCCAGCGAUAUUCUCUCCAUUGAUAUCACCUUGCCACAGUCAAUGAUGGAUUCAUUUGAGUUCUUCGUCAAUGGCCUGGCCGUUCUCAUCGUGGUGAGCACCGCCAACUAUUGGCUACUGAUUCCGGCUGCUGGGAUGAUCGCCCUGCUCUAUUUCUCUCGCAGCCUCUACAUUGGCGCCAGUCGAAGCCUCAAGCGCAUCGAUAUCAUUUCUCGAAGUCCCAUUUACUCACACACGAAUGCAACGUUCAAGGGUCUGACCACGAUACGUGCCUUUAGUGCCACAAAGCGAUUGGAGCGCGACUUUCACAAUUAUCAAAAUGCGAAUACCUCGGCAGUGUAUAUGUAUGCCAGUGUUAAUCGGGCAUUUGCCUUCUGGACGGAUCUCAUCUGUGUGCUCUACAUUCUGUUGGUCACAUUCAGUUUUCUCAUCUUCGAUCGGGGCUAUUUCAGCGGAGAUGUGGGCCUGGCCAUCACACAGUCCAUGUCCCUGGGCAUCAUUUGUCAGUGGGGCAUGCGGCAGACCGUCGAGCUGGAGAAUCAAAUGACCAGUGUGGAGCGUGUCCUUGAGUAUGUCAAGUUACCAGCGGAGCCAUCCUACGAGACGGAAGCCAGUGUCAACUUGCCAGCAGGAUGGCCCAGUGCAGGGCAGCUGCACUUUCAGGAUCUGCGGCUGCGUUACAGUGAACACACGCACUAUGUGCUUAAUGGACUCAAUUUUACUAUACAUUCAAUGGAGAAAAUUGGCAUUGUAGGACGCACUGGAGCCGGUAAAUCUUCGAUUGUGCAGGCGCUCUUUCGGCUCGUACUCAACGAGGGACUCAUCGAGAUCGAUGGCUAUGAUAUCGGCAAGCUUGGUCUACACGAUCUCCGCAGUCGCAUCUCGAUUAUACCGCAAGACCCAGUGCUCUUCUCAGGCACAUUGCGCUACAAUUUGGAUCCAUUUGAGCAGCAAUUGGACGAGGAACUGUGGCAGGCACUCGACUCUGUGAAGCUGAAGUCCUUUGUGGCAGCACUUAAGGGCGGCCUCAGCUACCGACUGCACGAUGGAGGAGCUAACUUCAGCAUGGGUCAGCGACAACUUAUCUGUCUGGCUCGCGCCAUUUUGCGGCACAACAAAAUACUCAUCAUGGAUGAGGCGACAGCCAAUGUGGAUCCAGACACUGAUCAACUUAUACAGGAGGCCAUACACACGAAGUUCGCUAACUGUACGGUGUUGACAAUUGCGCAUCGAUUGCAUACGGUUAUGGAUUCCGAUCGUGUGAUGGUCAUGGAUGCGGGUCGUGUUGUGGAACUGGGGCAUCCACACGAACUGCUGCAGCAGCGUAAUGGACACCUGUAUCGGUUUGUGAAGAAUACGGGAGCAGGAAGUGCCAAGCAUCUAAGUUAUGUGGCCGAGCAGAGUUAUUACAAGCGUGUGAAAAACAGGAGAUUACCGGAUCGGGAACAGGAGAGACAACCCGAGGGCAGGCUAAGCGUCUUCAGGGGCACCACUCUAUAAAAGACUGUAGUUUGUUUUCGUUUUCGUUUUUGUUUUUAAGUUAUGGUAAUAUAGUUUUUAUUAUAGUGAACUGAUUUUUAAAUAUAAAUCUAUAUUUGUAUAUGUAUAUAUGCACUUUAUAUGUAUAAUAUACGAAGUUCUUGUAGCGUU